CGAUGACGACGACGACGAGGGCGAGCAGGCCGAGGACGAGCUCGAGGACGAGGACGACGAGGAGGGCCCGAGGAUGAGCAAGUGGGAGACCGAGGUCGAGGCGAGGCCCAAGGACGAGGGGUGGGAGGACCUCGACGAGGGCGACGAGGAGGACCCGCUCAUGGUCAGCGCCUACGUCGUCGAGGUGUACGACUACCUGCGCGAGCUCGAGCUCACGACCAUGCCCGAGCCCGACUACAUGUCGACGCAGAACGAGGUGACGUGGAAGAUGCGCGGCAUCCUCGUCGACUGGCUCGUCGAGAUCCACACCAAGUUCCGCCUUCUGCCCGAGACCAUCUUCCUCGCCGUCAACAUCAUCGACCGGUUCCUGUCGGUGCGCGUCGUGUCGCUCGUCAAGUUCCAGCUCGUCGGCGUCACGGCCCUCUUCAUCGCCGCCAAGUACGAGGAGGUCGUGUGCCCCUCGGUCCAGAACUUCCUCUACAUGACGGACGGCGGCUACACGGACGAGGAGAUCCUCAAGGCCGAGCGCUACGUCCUGGGCAUCAUCGGCUUCAACCUGUCGUACCCGAACCCGAUCAACUUCCUGCGCCGCAUCUCCAAGGCCGACGGCUACGACAUCCACUCGCGCACCAUGGCCAAGUACCUCAUGGAGAUCUCGAUCGUCGACCACCGCUUCAUGGCGACGCCGCCGAGCCUCAUCGCCGCCGGCGCGAGCUGGCUCGCUCGCAAGGUCCUCGGCAAGGACCGCUGGGACGCCAACCUCGUGCACUACUCGGGCUACUCGGAGGACGAGCUCAAGCCGACGGCGCAGCUCAUGCUCGACUACGUCGACCACGAGAUUGAGCACCCCAACUUCAUCAAGAAGUACGGCGCCAAGAAGUUCUUCAAGGCGUCGACGGCCGUGCGCAAGUGGGCCGAGACCGAGUACCAGCCGCUCGACUUUUACGACCGCGAGUCGGCCACCAUCAUGCGCCGCCCGGUCGCCGUGACGCUCUGA